UGGUAAAGUUUUGGGUGAUGAUCAAUCCAUGGUCACUGUGGCCUUUUUUCUACAAUAAUCUUUUACAUAAUGCAUGAGACGGUUCUGGACUUCAUAUGAGACAGCUUUACAUAACAAAAGCAAUUUUAGGGUUUACUAAAAAUUUCUGGAAAAACGAGAUGUAUAUCUUCACGUACUUCCGUCUUUGCACUGUCAUUACAUCGUUAAUUUAUUUACAUAACUGUAUGUAUGUUGUGUUAGUAUUUUAUUGUAACAUAUAUAAAAUGUACCCAGACAAUUUUAAACUAAUAACGUGUUAGAAAUACAAUUUAGAAGCUCAACGGAAGUACAACGCAUACACUUAAAUCUCGCGUUACAUAUUCUGAAGCUGUGAUUGCUUACAUUUAGUGUGAAUUGUCGCGAGACUACUAUCAUUGCCGUCACCCAGUUCCGAAACGGCCUUGCUGAGAUUUUAUAUUUUGUUGUGUUUUGAUGCGUAAUUUUUUCAUUUUGUGGCGGACUCCAUCAAUGCAGUUUUUACAUCCCUAAAACUACUUCCGCACAAGUAUUCGUUAUAAGUAGCAUACAGAUGCUUGGCUAAGUGCAUCUGUCAGUUUGGCGUGAGAGGAUUUAUAAAGGCACAUCCAUGGCACCAUGAGUCCUCCAGCCUGGCCCUCGGUCUCCUGCUGUUGUCACAGAAAAAUCUGGUUACAUUCAGCAGCAGGACACCAUCACUCAGAUGCUUUCAACUCAUGAUGACAUGGAAUUAGAAGAAGCAUAAUGGAUAGAUACACCAACAUCAGACAGCUGGGGGAUGGUACCUACGGCUCUGUCAUUCUCGGGCGCAGCCUGGAGUCAGGAGAACUUGUAGCCAUAAAGAAAAUGAAAAGAAAAUUCUACUCCUGGGAAGAAUGCAUAAACUUGCGUGAAGUCAAGUCAUUAAAAAAACUCAGCCACGCCAACGUGAUCAAGCUGAAGGAGGUGAUUCGAGAGAACGAUCACUUGUACUUCAUAUUCGAGUACAUGAAAGAAAAUUUAUAUCAGCUUAUGAAGGACAGGACUCGGUUGUUUCCUGAGUCUACAGUCAGAAAUAUCAUGUUUCAGAUCCUUCAGGGUCUGGCAUUCAUUCAUAAACAUGGUUUUUUUCACAGGGACAUAAAGCCUGAGAAUCUGCUAUGCAUGGGUCCAGAGCUGGUGAAAAUCGCUGACUUUGGACUCGUCCGUGAGAUCAGAUCUCGACCACCAUACACAGACUAUGUCUCCACCAGAUGGUACCGAGCUCCGGAGGUGCUGCUCAGAUCUACAUCCUACAGUUCUCCCAUAGACCAAUGGGCUGUUGGCUGCAUCAUGGCGGAGCUCUACACCCUCAAGCCUCUUUUUCCAGGUUCUAGUGAAGUAGACACCAUAUUCAAGAUUUGCCAGGUUUUGGGAACACCGAAGAAGAAUGAUUGGCCGGAGGGAUUCCAACUGGCCAGUGCCAUGAACUUCCGUUGGCCUCAGUGUGUUCCCAACAACCUUAAGACACUGAUCCCAAAUGCUAGUUCUGAUGCCAUACAUCUGAUGACAGACCUGCUUCAGUGGGAUCCUAAGAAGAGGCCGACCACUGUUCAGGCUCUAAGGUACUCUUAUUUCCAUGUGGGCCAGGCUUUGGGAACUCCUCAGCAGAUCCUGGAACAGGGUCGACCUCAGCCAGGUCCUGUGCAACUGCCGGCUCCUCUACAGGCCCAACAGAGUCUACAGCAGCAGCAGCAUCACCAACAGCCAUCUCUGCUGCUGAAGCCUGCGCCUCCCUCUCAGCCUCCACCUUCCAACCAUCACGUCUCCAUCUCCAGGCCUCUGCAGCAAAUUCAACCGUCCCCUGUACCUCCAGCUCCUCAGGCAACAGCGUACCAGCAGCACACAAAGUUGAUGCGAGGGCAGCAGCAGCCCAAACUCAUCGCAAAGCAAGAACUAACUGAGGAACACACACAUCAUCUACCAUAUAUUGUGGACAAGGGUCUCCACAGCAAGCAAACACGGCAGGAGUCAGAAAAUACCAACCUACUGAGCUAUCACCUGAAACCUAAAGGAGGAAGGCGCAGAUGGGGGCACGGCACAGGUCACCUCAAAGGUGACGACUGGGACGAGUACGAAGAACCAGAGCUGGCUUCGAUAAGCAUUCUGGGUAAAAACGAGUUCAGUUCAGAGAAGCCAACACAGAGUGAGGAGGUGCUCAGUAGAUAUGGAAAUGUGCUGGAUUUCAGUCGACCCCGUGGAAAAGAAGACGCACCUUUAAACCUGAACAGGACGACAGGCUCUCAAGAGCCGACGAGGACCACAUCCGCGAAGCAGCAUUAUCUAAGACAAUCCAGACAUCUACCUGGUAUUAGCACCAAGAAAAACGUCUCCAUGAAUGCCAGUAAAUACCUGGGCGGAAGCCAUCUUUGGGGGAACUGUACUAUUCCAUUUGGAGGGACUCUGCCCAGCAGAGGGGCUCAUGGAACAAACGUGGUCUCAGGUGGAUAUGUGCCAUCGUUUUACAAAAAAGACACUGGGUCUGCCGGUCACAGAGGACUCCCAGGUCCUUCAGCAGAUACGUCUGCGUCAAAUUAUGCAACAUGGCGAUCUGGUCGAAGUCACAUAAACACUUCCACCAACGUGCUUUCGGGUAAUGAAAGCAGCGCUGACUUGCUGCCCCGCCUGCCUGCACAGACCAUCCAUGGGCGAACAGACUGGUCUGCCAAAUACGGACACCGCUAGUGCGUGUCCUGCAGGAGAGAACUCUCUUUUUCUCCUCCAAAGACUAGGGCCUAUGUGUUUUGUAAUUGUAUUUUGUAUGUAAUAUGUUACGCAGCAAUAACACUGUUUCUUAGAGCGUUCUAUGGAUGUUGUAAAGUAUCGGCGUGUAAAUACCUUAAAAUGCAAAAAUGGCCAAAAGUUUCAGGCCAAUGUUCGCAGCUUACGUGUUGUAUAUUAUUUCUGUAAUUUCAGUAAUGUCCUCCAGGGGUGGCCAUUGUUUAAAGUUUGUUGUUGACAAACUGUUCUGCAUGCGGCAUACGCUACACUACCGUGUAUUUAUAUUGUUCUCAAUGACUUAUUUCAUUGAAACAUUAAAACGCUGUACCUUUUACCUUUGUUAUUGACUUUUUUUUAAUUUCUACUGUAUAUGUUUUAUUACAGAAACCUUUUUUGUAAUUUUUACAUUUUGUUUACCAUUAAACAGUGUUUUUUAUUUAUGUAAAAUAAAUAUAUUGCAAAUGAUUUCCACAUAUCAAUGUGUCAUAAAUUCAACAGGAAAUAAACCUAAUUUUAUGUCCUAUUUUCAUGGCAAAUGGUGUGUGAUUAUGUUAUUGUGUAUUUCUUUAUUUUAUUUUGUGCAUUGUCACGAACUCAACUGGGUUUUAUGCUUUUCAAAAAAUGUUAUGUGUAAUGUUAAUGAUAUAUUAAUGAUCAAAGGUGCAGCAUUUAUAUAGAGUGGAGGAUUAGAACCACAGUUUUGUAUUAAUUUCACCUCAUUAAUUUCCCUCAGAAGGUAAAGCUGAAGUUUUCUAUCAUUUGGUCGGAGUUUGGUUUAUAAAGAUGAAAAAAAUCAAAAAGGCAAUUAUGAAUAAAGAUCACAGGUCUGUUAGAAUAGACUAUUGCAGAAUAGACUAUUGCAGUGUAAAAUUCACCCAUUUAUCUUGGAAGUACAUAUCAUAUUUUUCUAUUCAAUAUGAUAUUUAAUCAUAUUUUCUCCAGCUAUUUAUAUAUAUAAAAUGUAUACAUUUUAAGCAACAAGUGCAACGAAGGUUUUGUGUACAGUGAAGGUUUUUUUGUACACUUUGUGUACAAUGUGUACAUUGUUAAAAUGAAUUCAAAAGUAAGGCAGACUGCCACGUGCAGCGCCUCAUUUGGAUGUGUCUGAAGCUUGGAGCUUGACUUCCCUACGUUUCUCCUACAAAUGGGCCUUGAGCUUGUUUGGAGGUUCUAGCAGGGGAGCGCAGCUACUGGUAUACCGAUGGAUGCUCGUCCGCCGGGGGGACACCGUCCUCUUCCACCGAGCGCGGAGCUUCGGGAGGGACACACAUGGAUCGUUGAGGGAGGAAGGGGACACCCGCCUAGCCAGCCAGAUCAGCCGAAUCAACCCUAGCGAUCAAUGGGGUGACAGAUGUCGCAGCCAGA